AUGGCGAGCCGUCGCUACGUUCCGCGGCAAGGCCACACCGAAGGCAUUACUCAUUGCGCAUACACGCCUAAUGGGUCACAACUUGUGACUGUCGGGUCCAACAACACCAUCAGAUGCUACAAGACCGGGUCAGAUGGCGAGCCCAAGAAUAUCGACGACUGCGGAGAACAGAAUGUGGCGGUAGCCGCAACAGACCGGUUCUUUGUGGUCGGCUCUGAAGAUGGCACGGUCAGCCUCUUCUCCCUCGAGACGCACUCUUUUGAAACCUAUCUUCUCCGAACAUCCCUGCCGAUCCGUGACAUUGCCUUGUCUUCAGAUGGGAAAUGGUGUGCUGUGGCCGGCGAUGAACUCACUGUCAAAAUCGUGAGCACGACAGACAACACUGUGGUCCGACACGCGAGGGAGCACGGCAAGCCUACCAAGCAUGUUUCUUUUGAUCCGAAAGGCAGCACCUUGACAUUGUCUUGUACAGACGGGGUCAUUUACAUAUACUCGCUCACUUCAGAGCAACCAGAGCUCAUACGCAAAGUCGACGGAAUAUUGGGCAGUCUGGAUAUGGAAUCCGAGGCUUCUGGAAGAGUAGUCUGGCAUCCAGAUGGAAGGGCUUUUGCUGUUCCUACUCCCACGCGGGACAUCCAGGUCGUUUCCAAGAACGACUGGGAGAAGCAGCGUGUCUUUGCAAACGGCCAUGAGGGAGACAUCACGGCGAUGGCAUGGUCACCCAACGGCUCUAUGAUUGCAACGGCAGCCAAAGAUGGGAAACUCCUGAUCUGGGAGAGCAGGGGUCAGAGCGUGAUCGCCAGGCACUCUUACGCGAACAUCAUGGACAUUGUCUGGCAUCCCAAGGCCAACAUUGUUUCGUUCACAACCUUUGCCGGCGAGGUGUUUAUAUGUGCCGACUUUGUGACCGCCGACUUCACGCCUCUGCUGCAGCUACCACUGCAGGCUUCCCCGUUCAUCCAUGAUCCGCUUGCCGAGGUUUCUAUAAACGCUCGCCGCCCUGCCAUCAACGGAUCCAAGGAAAUCCCCUCACGACCCAGGCGCGAUUCUCUAAACUCCUUGGACUCGUUUGCCAAUGGCAUUCCGGAAGAUGAGGAUGACUUUGUUGUGGACGACGAUGGUGCCGGAUACACUCUCAACAGCAAUGGCAAGCGUCCUUAUGAUGGCACGAACGUCGGCGAAUAUUCAAACAAGCGCCCCAACAUGCUCAGACCGCAGUACCACGAAGCGUUUCAGCCUGGAUCAACUCCCUGGCGGGGCAACCGCAAAUAUCUAUGUCUGAAUCUUAUCGGGUUCGUGUGGACUGUUGAUCAAGACUCACACCACACAGUGACUGUUGAGUUCUACGACCACGAGUUGCACCGCGAUUUCCACUUCACCGACACUUUUCUGUACGACAAGGCCUGCUUAAGCGAGCAUGGAACGCUUUUCUCAUGCCCACCACGCGACGGCAAGCCCGCUGUUUUGUUCUACCGGCCGCAUGAGACUUGGACGCAACGCAAUGACUGGCGUACGCAGCUGCCGGCUGACGAGGCGGUUCUAGCCAUGUCCUUGAGUGAUUCGUUUGUAACUGUGACGACAACCGCCGGCUAUGUGAGAGUCUUUACGCUAUUCGGGGUACCCUACCGCGUCUAUCGACCCAAGAGCUUUCCAAUGGUGACAUGUGCUAGCUGGAAAGACUAUGUUCUCACUAUGGGCAACGGUCCUGUCGGGGCCGACGGUAACACCAGACUUUUGUAUAGCAUCGAGGAUGUGAAAAGGGAUGAGAUUUGUCAGAACGAGGACACGGUAGCAUUGCCAGAAGGAGCUACCGUCAAGAGUGUGUUCUUUUCUGACGAUGGAGAUCCAUGCAUAUAUGACUCUACAGGCACUCUACUGACCCUGCUGCACUGGCGACAACCAUCGCGUGCAUCAUGGGUUCCUCUUCUCGACACGAAGCUCCUCCCGCGUCUGGCAUCAGGCAGGAAGCAUGAGAGCUACUAUCCGAUCGCGGUGGCAGACCACAAGUUCCACUGCAUCAUCCUGAAGGGCGGCGACCAAUAUCCCUAUUUCCCGAGGCCUCUGCUGUCGGAGUUUGAGUUCUCUGUCCCGCUCGCCUCGGCGCCGUCUGGUAGUAAGAAGAAGAAGCAACUGAACGCCGACGGGGCCGAGAGCAGCGAAGACGAAGAGGAAGAUAAGGGCGCCGAGGCGCAGAAGCUCGAUCAGCAGUUCCUGUUGAGAAGCAUACGGGCAGCGCAGGUCCUCGAUUUGCUCGAAUCGAGUUCCACGAGCAAGAGCGUCAGUCGGGCACAACAGCAAAGCCUCGCCCGGCUGGAACUGGAGAUUGACAAGACGCUGUUGCAGAUGUUGGCGGUUGAGUGCCGUGAAGGUGAGGAGCGGGGCAUGCGCGCGCUGGAGAUGGUCUCGUUGAUGCGAGACCGCAGCGGGAGGAUGAUCGAGGCGGCUUGCAAAGUAGCGGAAAGGUAUGGACGGACGAUCCUAGGUGAUAAGAUUCGGGAAUUGGGUGAGAAGAUGGUCAGGGGUGAGGGAGAUGAUGACAUGGAUGAGGAUGACGAAUUUUAA